GUCUUCUUCACUCUGAGCUCUCCAGGAGGUCGGCUUCGAAGAGGAGGUGGUGGCGGCGGCGGUGGUGGUGGUGGUGGUGGUGGCGGGGGGGUGGAUUCGCUGGUCGGACACGCUGGACGCGGAGCAGGGCCCACGCAGCAGGGCCCACCACCAAGCCGACGCCGUGUUCUUGGUCUGCGGCUUCAACGCGAUGGAACCAGCCUUCGGCGAGGUGAACCAGCUGGGCGGCGUGUUCGUCAACGGCCGUCCGCUGCCCAACGCCAUCCGGCUGCGCAUCGUGGAGCUGGCCCAGCUGGGCAUCCGGCCGUGCGACAUCAGCCGUCAGCUGCGCGUCUCGCACGGCUGCGUCAGCAAGAUCCUGGCGCGCUACAACGAAACCGGCUCCAUCCUGCCGGGGGCCAUCGGAGGGAGCAAGCCGCGGGUGACGACGCCCACCGUGGUCAAGCACAUACGGACGUACAAGCAGCGCGACCCCGGGAUUUUUGCCUGGGAGAUCCGGGACAGGCUGCUCGCCGACGGCGUCUGCGACAAGUUCAACCUGCCCUCCGUCAGCUCCAUCAGCAGGAUCCUGCGGAACAAGAUCGGCAACCUGGCCCAGCAGAGUCAGUACGAGGCCGGGAAGCAGCCUCCGCACCCGGCGCCGCAGCCCACGCUGCCUUACAACCACUUGUACUCGUACCCGAGCACCAAAGUGCCCACUCCCCCUGGCAUGCCCACGCUUCCCGGACACAUGGCCAUGCACCGGAUAUGGCCUUCGUCGCACUCGGUCACAGAUAUUCUGGGGAUCCGCUCCAUCACAGAGCAACAAAGUAAGAACGCCGAGUGGCUUGCCCACAGCGAGCAGCUAUGUCACGGCGCCCAGCAUCCCGGUCUACCGGCCGCCCACCCCAGCGCCAGCCUACACGGGGUACAGCGCCACCACGUCGGCCUGUGUGACCGGAGCCACAUGGCCGCCGGGCAGUGGCAGCUGUGACGGCCCGCUGGCCUUCCAGAGCAUGGCGGCCGGCCGUGACGUCAUCCACACCCCGUCAUCGCCUCGGCGCUGUGAGGAGGAUGGUGGGGGACGGCGGGCGUGGGACGGCAACCUGGGGUGUAUUGUUUUUAUUUUGAUGAA